CCCCAGGGAAUGCGCUCCUGUUUUGUGUUUAAAGAGCCAAACUCCUAUGCAGUAGUAGUUUGGGAAAGGCGAGUUGUGCCUGUUAUCCGUCGAUAUAACUGUGUCCGCGUUAAUGGGAUUUGCUGAUGUUUAAGCGUAAACGGAUGCCAAUCUUGGGGCUCGGGAAAAGAACACAUUUUUACCGUUUUUUACCAUUGAAAGUAAAGGCAGCCAAAGUUUGACCCUGCGGCACUGCUACGGGGAGAGCACUUACUCGUUUUCCUAAUCUUUUAAAUCCUAAGCGCUCUCCUUCUUAACCUUUCCCCAUCUCCCGUUUGUCUCUGCGUCGGUUCCCAGGCUCGACUUUGUCUGAGGACGCACACGUUAUCAUCCUAGCUUCCUGGGAUGUGGAGUCCAGACAACAUAUUUCCCGAGGAAGUAUGUGAAAAGUCUUCGAAGGGGUUCAGAGGACAGCCAGGGGCAACUCCAUCAGCAGGACAGGCUCACACGUGAGGAGGUUUCAAGCGCAGAACGUCUAAAGGCUCGACACAACGGCGCGCGGGGAGCGCAUAGCCACGCCCCCCCGAGCGAGCGGCCCGUGCGUGUUUGGCCAAUCAGAGCGCCCCACCAAUCAGCGGCGAGCGCCGUCUUCCAUGCAGGACUGGUGAAGCCGCUCGGACGAAAAGCGAAGAGAAGGAGACGGCGAACAAAACCGUGCGACUGCGUGUCUGAGCGCAACAUCGGCGAGCAAAACAAGCGCUAUAGGAAUGAAGAAAACGUGGGCGGUGUUCAGCGCCUUUCCGAUAGGAUUCUCCGCAUGAGUCGGCUGCGGCGCGUCGUUGCGUUUGCCUCAUUUCCACUGCUCGUCCGUAUGACUGCCGCUGCUUGAAGCCUUCAAAGUUACACUGCGAAGUGUGAAACAAGGGCUUCCCCUCCCCUGUCCUUGACGAAGGGGCGCCCUGCUAUCCUAUCGCCUGUGGGAUUCUUACUCUGCCCCGUGGAUUUAACCCUCCUGGGUCGGAAGACUGUUUUGACACAAGGGCCGAGCGAAGGAACGUGCUGCUCCGCGUCGCCGCGUUUUGGAGUCCGCGCGCGAGCAAAAAGUUAGCAGAAGUUAUUUCGCAGAGAAGCGCGCGCGCGCGCGCGCGCACUCUCUCUCAGGUGACCCGACUGACUCCCGCGGCGCGGCCGAAAUCAUGGGAUUCGUGCCGCUAUUCUUAGCGCAGCAGCAGGACUGUGUGGAGUAACGACCAUGAACUUUGUUGUGAAUUUGGUGCGCUUGGUGCUGGCGGCGCUUCAAGUGUGUGCUCUUCAGGCUGCUCACAUACCCAAGGACAAGGAGAAGGGCAGCAACGAUGUGGUCCCCUUCAUGGAUGUCUACAACAAAAGCAGGUGUCGGCCUCGGGAGGUCCUGGUGGACAUCUUCCACGAGUAUCCCGAAGAGAUAGAGCACACGUACAUCCCAUCCUGUGUGGUCCUCACGCGCUGCGGAGGGUGCUGCAACGACGACGCGCUCGAGUGCAUCCCCACAGACACGUACAACACCACGCUGGAGGUUAUACGAAUCAAGCAGCGCGUCACGCAGCAUAACUUCCUGCUGAGCUUCACGGAACACAGGAGGUGCGAGUGUAGACCAAAGAAAGAUGUGAAAGAAAAGAAAGAAAACCACUGUCAGCCUUGCUCAGAGAGAAGAAAGCGCUUGUUUGUGCAGGACCCCCUCACCUGUCAGUGCUCCUGCAAACUCUCAGAGUUAGACUGCAAGUCCAGGCAGCUUGAGUUAAACCAAAGAACUUGCAGGUGCGACAAACCCAGGAGAUGAGAGCAAGUGGGAAAGGACACUUAAAUGAAGGAAUCUUCUUUACGCAGCACUUUGAACAUGGAAUUUUAACCCGGAACUCCGCUCACACUCUUCAUGGAUGCAUUCCCCGAACAGGCGACGGACAGACAACAGAAGAAUGAAAAUAAUAAUCCCGCUGUUUGCCAUAACUGACCUGUUUAUGUAUUUAUAUGUGUUUAUACAUAAGUGUGUGUGUGUGUGUGUGUGUGUGUGUGUGUGUGUGUGUGUGUGUGUGUAUACACAUAAAUUGGACAGUUUUCUCUUUCGUGAAUGAGAAACAACAGAUUGCUGCUAUGGACGAAAUGAGAAAUGUACGUCGAGGACAAGCGCGCCAGUACAGUAUGGUUCUUUCGAGAUGUUUUCGGCGUUUGAGUCCACUGGAUGCGCUGCGUAUGCACGCGACCGAGGCUGAGGGAAUCGGGCGCUCCGGGACCACGCGCGCACGAGAGGACCAGAGGAAGAGGAGCCUCGGGCUCCGGAACCGCGACCGACCGUACGACGUCGCUUAGCGAAACGCGUGGCCUCGCGCCGCGCUACGGUCCCCGGGCCUCGCCGUUUCCCGUUCUUGUAAAGGGAUAUUAACUGUAGGUACUUAACGAAACAACUGACAAUAGUCUGCCGAGAAACUACGGCUUCUCGCCGACGAGAGUAGAAACCGCUAACGUUCAUGUGCUUUUUAAAUUAUUGUUUUAUUUUUUUGUUUUUCCAAAGAGCAGUGCACUUAAUGUUCUAAAGAAUACUUUAUGACGAUAGCUGUACAUAAACGCCACCUAUCUCUUUUUGUAGUACACUACAUUUAAUUUAUAAUUUUAGGCUAUUUUCAAUAUACUGUGUAUUUAAUUUGAUCUAUUUAUAAUAUGUUAUUUUAAUAUUAUUUUGCUUUAUGUGUUGUGUACAUCUUUG